UUUUUUUUUAUUUUAAGCUCAACUAUAAAGUCGACUCGCGCUGAACAGUCGUCAUUGAUACGCAAAAGUUUGUCUAUAUGUUCUCUCGGGUAUAAUCGCUUAAUUAUGCAUACGUUAAGGCGCUAAGAAGGCACAGCUCGGUAAUUAUGCCGCGCGAUUGAAUUUACAACCGCGAUUAUCUAAUUUUGGAGGAGGGACUAACACAUCUGGCAGCUAUUGACUCAACUGACGCAACGACGACUCAAUAGAUCGAUCUUUGUCGAUAAAUUUCUCUGAUAGUAUAUAACCCCCCCGGUGUUAGAAAGGUCUAUGCGAUAUUACAUGCUUCUCUUACAUUUCGUCAUGAAUAAUUGUCGAUACAUUGUCUUUAUGUAGUUUCAUCGUCGAGACGAUAAAUCCAACAAGAUGUAAGGAAACGUUGAUAAAUGCAAUGUUCUCCGAGAAGCUGAUAAGAAUUCCAGUAAAAAAUCGCAAUAUAAAAACUGACGAAACGUAUAAAACGGUCCAACAAAAGUUCCAUAGCUUAGAUUUUAUCACAAUAUCUUACAUAUUCUAGGACGUUUUCGAACGCGUGUGCGUGCAUUUCGUAAUUAAUCGGUACACAGCACACUUUUCCUUCUGUACGAUACCGAUCGCGCUUAGUCCAACAGGCUAACUCGGGGACACUUAACGGGGAGUCCGACUGCAGCGCGAGUAUAUAAUAGAAGUCGCGCGCUCUAGCGAUUCUCAGUCGACUUCUCGAGUCUGUUCCAAAGGCAUUAUUAAAAAAUCGGCGUGACUCGAUAUAUCAAGAUGAGGCUGAAUUCCGUAGUGCCGAACUUCGAGGCGAACUCGACUCAGGGCCCGAUUAACCUCUACGACUGGCAGGGCGACUCGUGGGUCGUGCUGUUCUCGCAUCCCGCGGACUUUACACCCGUGUGCACGACCGAGCUGGGAAGACUCGCUGUGCACAAGCCGCAUUUCGAGAAGAGGAAUACCAAGCUGCUGGCGCUUUCCGUCGAUCAGCUCGACGAUCACGUCGACUGGGUCAAUGACAUCAAGUCCUACUGCCGGGACAUCCCCGGGGACUUCCCGUACCCGAUCGUCGCGGACCCUGACCGCAGCUUAGCCGUCCAGCUGGGCAUGAUCGACGAGGAGGGCAAAGACGAUCCGGCCAACGCCAUGACUAUCCGUGCGCUUUACGUCAUCAGCCCCGACCACAGACUCCGACUAUCUAUGCACUAUCCGACCUCCACCGGACGCAACGUCGACGAGAUUCUGAGAGUCAUCGACUCGCUCCAGCUGGUCGACAGAAAACCCGAGGUGGUCACACCUGCUAAUUGGGUGCCCGGCGACAAGGUCAUGAUCGUCCCGACUAUCAAAGACGAAGACCUCCCGAAGCUCUUCCCCAAAGGUGUGGACAAAGUGUCCAUGCCGUCCGGAAAAGUCUACGUUCGCACGACCACCGACUACUAACCGAUCUCACAAGCGAUUUUUUUUUUCUACGAUAAACACUAGUGCCUAAUUUAACGAUACGCCUUUGAUUGUUGAAUAAAUUAUAUAUAAAUUAUUA